AUGCCCUUCCACAAGAACCAACUGCUCGCGGCCAUCCUCCUUAUCUCCACCGCAUCUGCUCGCUCGAUCGGCCAGUUGGACCGAUCAGCAGCAGCAACAACACUUGGGCCCCUAGCGCAGAGAAGCAUCCCUCUCCUCAAGCGGGCGGAUCCCCCCGCAACAGUCCCCGCAGUGACACCCACCCCACCCAAAGUAGACCCACCCACUCCAGCCGAGGUGAAACCAACUGCGACAGACAAAGAUACAGGCAAAGAUCCAAGCAAAGAGAAGAAACCCGAUCCCGAUGUGAAAGAGAAUGCGGUCGAUAGCCCUCCAGCCCAGCCGACUAAGAAAGACUCUGACCCGGCCUCCAAAGCUGCCAAGGAGCAAGAGAAAAAGAAGAAGUUGCAAGAAAAGAUCGAGAAAUCUAAGCAAAGGAUCGACAAGUUCAAGCAGAAGAUCGAGAAGGAACAAGCCAAACUAGAUAAAUUAAUAGCCAAGUUGGAUGACAAGAAAGACAAUCCCAAGACUUCGGAAGAUCCUAAGAAGAAGACCGAUGAUGGUGGCAAGCCAGCCGAUGGACUGCCCGGUCCCAAGACAGUCGACGCCAAGCCAGCCGAUGUGAAGCCAGCCAAAGCCAAGCCAACCGACCCAAAGAUAAUAGAUCCCAAGACGGCCAACCCGAAAAAGAAAGACGCGAAGGCCCCCGAUGUGAAGCCUGCCGAAGUCACUCCCACGGUCUCAUCGGGUGACAAGCCAGUCGAGACCAAUAAUAAGUCAGCCAUUACCAAGACAGAGGACCCCAAGCCAGCGGACCCCAAGCCAGCGGACCCCAAGCCAGCGGACCCCAAGCCAGCGGACCCCAAGCCAGCGGACCCCAAGCCAGCGGACCCCAACCCAGACGACACCAAGUCAGAUGGUGAUAAUGGCAAGACUGACUCCGACAAUACCUCGCCCAACGGCCCUUGA